AUGGCGGAUGGACUCAUUCGGGUCUUCCUCAAUGCUACGCUCUACAGUAGCAAUAGCUUCUUCUCGCUGGAUAAGAGCUCUACCAAACGACAAGUUAUCGCCGGCGACAAAGCGCCCAAAAUAGUUAGUCACCUGGAAUCGAGAUUUGUUAAGGAUGGCGAUGCAGUUACUCUGGCCUGUCGCAUUAUUGAAGCUGAACAUUUCGAUGUAGUAUGGUUGCACAACAACAAAGAGAUAAAGCCAAGCAAGGACUUCCAAUACACCAACGAGGCCAAUAUAUAUCGAUUGCAAAUCGCCGAGAUUUUCCCCGAAGAUGGCGGCACCUACACUUGCGAAGCCUUCAAUGAUGUAGGCGAAUCGUUCAGUACUUGCACAAUUAAUGUAACAGUGCCUGGAGAUGAGCCCAAGCACCCGGCCUUUGUAAAAUUCCCCACAUCAGUUUCGGUAGUGGAAGGCGAGAGUACUAUAUUGGAAUGCGAAGUAGAUUCUGAGCUCCUUAAUUUGGUUUGGGUAAAGGAUGGCAAGCCCAUUGACGAAACUCUUUCACGAUACUCAUUUACCAAGGACGGCAGCCGAUACGCUUUUACAGUUUCAAAAUGUAACUUGGACGAUGUGGGCCAGUACCAGGCUAAGGCGGUAUCGAGAAAGGGCGAAAGUAUAUGCGCAUUCUCAAUAAACGUCCACAACUCCGAUUGAUAAGCCAAAUUAGGAAGAUAAUUCAACGUAUCGAACCAACUAUUAAAAGCCUGCAUAUUUAUUAUAUACAUAUGUUAAGAGUAUGCUAAAAUUAGACUGCUCAUAAAAAGUCGAUUUCAUCAUUCAAACAUCUA